AUGUUCAAGAUGCUCUAUGUGGCUCUUUUAUGCCUUUUGCUAACAGCGACAACUGCUGCUCUCAACUUUGACUGGGAGCGCGAACAGCUCACUGACGAGGAAGUGGCGCGCAACGACGCACUGCGCUCUGGUAGUGUAUCAGCAAUAGCGGCACCUGAUAGCUGUAAGAUCAUCCCAGGAGACCCUGAGUGGCCUAGUGAGGAUGCUUGGGAUUCCUUCAAUGCAACUCUGGGUGGUACGUUGUUGAAGCCUAAGCCACUCGCCAGCGUCUGCUAUGCUGGCGAGGGUUACAGUGCAGCCAAGUGCGAACAGUUGAAGAGUAGCUGGGCAGGCAUGAACCUACAUUCCGAUGACCCAGCGAGUAUCAUGUCACAAUGGGCAUCUGGGAAUACGUGCACGCCAACCUCACAGCCAAUCUCAAACUCGGUUGCCUAUGCCGCUGGUGCACAGGCUUAUGAAGGGUCGGCACUGAUGCGGCAGAAAAAUAUGGUCAUGAUCGUUGCAGGUGGAGGGACCGUAGGUAUCGCAGGUGGUUUUCUCCAAGGUGGUGGACAUAGCGCUUAUACGAGCUACUAUGGACUGGCUGCAGAUCAAGUGCUUGCCAUCACUGCUGUCACAGCCGACGGCAGGGUAGUAGAAGCUCAUGAAGGAGAGAAUGAAGAUCUUUUCUGGGCUUUCCGUGGAGGUGGCGGAGGAACCUUCGGCAUCAUAACGUCCGUCGUCGUUAAGGCGUUUCCAGCUACGCCCAUAGCCUCGAGCAGUAUCCGUUUCUCCACUACACCAGACCGCGGAUCAAGUGCGUCUCCAAUCUCCACAGAAACCUUCUGGGCUGGUAUGCGAGCCUACUGGGAAUUCUCAGUUGCCAUUUGCGAUGCAGGUGGUCUGGGUUAUAGCUUCAUUUACCCAAACAGUAGCACUGCUGGCCUUACCUUCACCGUCAGUAUCUCUGUACCAAACAAGACUAUAGCCGAAUACCAACGUUUCAUACGCCCGCUACUUCAAAACCUCAACGAUCUGGGCAUUGAGCAACGCAUGCCGACAGUGAAGCGGUCUCUCACACCACCUUUCUCGUAUGAAGAAGGAAACAAAGAUGAAGCAUCUUCUCUUUCCAAGAGGGUACUCGGCGAAACAACAGGCCAUACACUGAUAGCGUCCCGAUUCUUCCCCCGCACCACCUUCUCCAGCCACUCCACUCUGGAAAUCUCACACCUCGCCAUCCGUCACGUUGUGGAAAACGGCUCCCUCACCUUCCAUGGAAUGAACUACGCACCUAUACUCUCAAUCUCCGGCAACCCUAACAACUCCGUAAACCCUGCUUUCAGAACCACAGUCUUACACGCCCAAGCCUACGAAUCAAACGCACACUGGGAUGGGAGAGCCCCUAUCUUGUCGCACGAGGCACUUACAGAGAGGCAUGAGAGGUUGCAGGGGUACAUGCAGACUUGGAGAGAUAUUACUGUAGGGAGUGGAAGUUAUAUCAAUGAGGGGGAUGCACAGGAUUGGGAGUGGAAGGAAGCGUUCUUUGGAAGUAAUUAUGAGGAGUUGGCCAGGGUCAAGAGGAAGUAUGAUCCUGAAGGUGUUUUUUGGGCUAUCGGCGGCGUGGGUAGCGAUGAGUGGGAGAUCAGAGAUGUGGAUGGUGGGAAGAGAGAGGGGAUUGUCACGCAAGAUGGCAGACUGUGUAAAGUGGGUUGA